GGUAUUCUCUUUUUGCAAUCCGCCUGAAUUACAAUGGGGUCGAACCCGUUUAUUGGACUUUUCUUUCCGACAUGUUGUAUUGCAUCAUUUCUUCAUAGACAUCAUAGGGUAGAUUAAAGUUAGCGCCGCAGCUAUCACUUUCUCCCGUGCAAUGAUGUUCUUGUGAACUGUGGUUUAGUGUAGAACAAAGAGUCUGUGAAUCAAACCUCGAGCGAUGUCUACUCAAGUGCCGUCACCACCUUCAGGUGGAUACAUUUCCGCCGUCCGCGAGUCUGCUAGGAGAGUACGAACGAAUACAAACAUCUCGUGUAUUGCAUUCCAACUGCUACUGCAGUCACAGAAUUUCCCGCAAUCAUAGAAAUGUGUUUACGGGGGCACGCGCUCCUAUCGACGGCUGCGUCCUUAUUCUUCCUCUAACGCUACGGAAAGAAAUCAAAGCAUCCUAACUUUGUGAUUUCGUCUUCAGAUCACCUCCGAUGCGAUUAAACGGUUCCUAUUCUCGGCCUCAUUUACGAGCACCUUCGCUCGCCUUCGCACCGCUCACGGAAUGGCUCUUCCACUGAAGUUUCCCUCUGUCAUUACGGAACUCAAUCUUCUCUGUACCAUUUCCCUCCUAAACUUCGCUUCUGGAUACCGAGUGCCUCUCCAUGAAGCAACUGGACGAGGAGCAUUUGACUCCAUCCGAGCCGUUGUUUUCUCCAUGUAUAUAUCCGCGGAUAUAGAAGGUGACCUUCUCUCGGCCCAGGGAAUGCAGAGCAUCAAGGCAGGAAAGGUGGCUGAGCUGAUGAGCGUGGCUGAUAAAAUCUACCAAGAGAGGCCCCACGAGACCAUUCCUGCCGUCAUGGUCGGUGAACUCGCAGGCCCCAUUUGGGAGGUUGUCCAGUUGGUUACGAAUGUUCUCAAUGAAACGGGAAGUGUCUUGGUAAAAGGUGGUUAUCCCAAUUUAGGGGCGUUUGUACUAGAGGCGUUGAAGGAGGGUGACAAAGUGAAGGAACGUGACUCAGACGUUGACCCGGAAUGCGACGUUAUUCUUGAACGCCUUGUGAAGGCCAUACCAGCUUUCCAAGAUAUGGCAUUGGUCGAGGGAGAACCUGUCUACUGUUUCAAGAAGGCGCUUCUUACUAUGCACGCCAUCGCUCUCCGCUUUGGAUCUGCGACACCUCAUCCCUUCCCAAUCCCUCGUACUGCUCACCUUCCCAUCUUCUCCGACAACGUUAUCCCUUCUCUCCUGGUCCACCUUGGUGUGAUCGACCUGUCCACUUCAAAAUCAUCCCUUGGCUUGUCUUCGAUUUUUCCAGAAGUCAACAAGGAGAAUAUAGACGCACUUCUAGAUGCACUACCGCCACCUUCAGAGGAGUCGAAGGGCAACAGGGCGGAGACCGUUCUCAAGGAAGGUCCGAUUCUAACCGUCGAGCAAGCAUUCGCUUUACGCGCAGCGGCGAUUGACGCUUGCGAACUAAUUAUUGAGACCGCUCGGAAUCUCGGUAGCGAAGAACUUGAGGCCAACGCAAAAGGUUCUGAGUCUUUAGAAUGGCUGAAGGAGAUCACUCUUCCAGAACUUGACGCUUGGAUCUGGGCUGUGGCGAAGGACAGAUCGGACUACAGGCAGCUUGAGAGGUUCGUACUCAGAGGAACGCCUUACUUCUAACGCGCAUGGUAACUCGAAAUAAAACUCGCAUUUCGUAAUCAAGUCUUUUGUUUACACUCAGCCAUGUCUGAUGUCGUUGGUCCCCAAUGAUCCAGUUCGAUAGUGGCUAGGUGCAAACAUCUC